AUGAGCCAGGAGGACGCCCACAACUCUUGCAAGAUUCAGGGUUGGUCGAGCAAUCCAGAAGACUCAGAUCACGACCAAUGUGGCGAAAGCGACACCGAAAAGACGUGGUUCCCUGGCGAUGGGAUCUGUCCACCAACUUCAGAGUUCCUGGCCUGCUGUCGAGCCAGCUAUCAGCUUUGGGCCCAUGCAGCAUCGUCCCCACGGCCAGACGAUGGACUUCUCAUUACCCGUAUUACCCGGGCCUUUGUGAGGAUGCUCGAAAAUGUUCCCCGUUUUCUCUAUCAUCCGCCCAAAAACGUUGAAGUUCUCGGAACGUCAGGCACACGUUUGACUGUGCAGCCAUCCCUCCGCAUGCGAACCACAGAAGAUAUGGAUUGUACGCAGCACUAUAAGUGGUUGGAUGUUGUUCAAUGCCUCGGGGUUCCAGUACCUAAGUCUUACGAAAUGACCACCAUGCAACAGCAAGAGAUCUCUCUCACCUCAGCACCCCUGAAACGUGGUCAUCUAACUAGUAUUAUAUUGGCUUGGUCGUACAUCCUUUCGUGUCGAUGGGUUGAGAUCCUACAAGAGGCUGGAUGGAACGCUUCCAUUCAGCAUGAGAAAGGUUUGCAGAUCGCCGACAGCUUCUGGAAGUUAGUUACACAAGGUCGCUGGCAGGCUAGCGUAAAGACCGCGAAGGGUACACAUUAUUCACCAUGGAUGUUAAUAGAAAGUAACAGGAACCUGAAGCUUCAGAAGUGUUGGGCUCGAUCGUCUGCCUCAUUGUCGGCCUUUGAGAUGCUCCUGGGAUCCUGCAUUUCAGAAGGUCUUGAGGCUGAGCUUCUUACUGGACUGGCUUCGGUUCUGAUGCUCCUAUCACGAAAUGAACGGCCAUGGCUGAGUCCGCCGACUUCUAUCCCCAAAACCCCCACGACCCCAGCUUCCACUUGCUCUGCUAGGAGUCACGCCCUUUACAAGCUCUGGGGUUGUCUUGACAAGGCCAUGUAUCUCAGUUCCACGAGAGCUGCUAUUGAAUCAUUGAUCCGUAGCGCUUUCUUUGAUUCGUCAGUUCCUUGUGAUCUUCUGGGAGCCUCCUUUUCCGGUAUAAGAGAGGCGCUUUCCUCUGCAGAUGAGUUUGACCCUCAGCGAGCGUUACAUGCAAUCACCAACCGGAGGCCACAUUUGAGCCCGUUGUGGGCUGCUGAGAUAUGCAUGGAUCCAGACACUCUUUCGUAUGAAGUCCUCGAUUGUUUGCCACCUAUCUGCCUGCCUGCCGCCCUCUGGACGGGUACAAUGCAGUCAUUCCUCCAGGUGGCAUAUCGGUCCGACGAACCAGCAGAUCUAGAAGCAAAAUUACUUCGUGCCCGAGAGUUCCAAAUCGCUUACUUCUGCCAACCUAGUAUACCCGUCCCAGAGACACCUGCUCCUCCAUUCGGUGAAACGAUCUUGAACAACGUCAGCCGUGAGGUUGAAACACACAUGGCACAUGAACAUAUGACUAGGUCGUGGCAAAUGUACUGGACAACUAAAUCUGGGGCGAAGAAACCGGCGACCGCACAAUAUGUACUUGAACUUGUAGAAGCUCGAAUGGAGAAGGAUGUUGCUGACUACAACUUUGACGAAGAAUUCCCAAUCAAGUUAAGAGAGGCCGUGGACGAAAUUUCAUGUUGUGCAACAAGACGAAUGUUCAAUUGGCAUCGAGAAUACGAUGGCGGCAUUUCGCUUGAUGAUGGAACCAUGAGUCCUGAAACCGUUCGUUGCUUGCAAGCACAUCCAUGGAUUUCGGGCCCAUUGAUUGACUCUAACAAGUCUAUCCAAGUUGGUGGAGAGAAUGAUCACUGGGAUGACAAUACCCAACGUAUUACAAUUCAGAAAGAGGUGAAAGGCGGUGUUUCAACCAGUGAUUAUAUUUUGGAGUGGCAUAAAGAGGUAGAGAGAUGCCUAGGGUCUGAAGACGCCAGAGUCUCUAGUUGA